AUGUCGUGGUCUCUUCUUUUUGCCGCCCUGACCCACGUCGUUCGCGUUACCUGUGCACCAGAAACAUAUGACUAUGUUAUAGUUGGAGGAGGUCCCGCAGGUCUUCUCGUCGCGAACCAACUAUCUGCCGAUCCCGAUGUCACAGUCGCAAUCAUUGAAGCUGGAGAUUCCGGCUACAACAACCCCAAUAUAUCGUACGUACCAAAAUCGAUCUUGGAGUACGGUCUUUUCAUUGGUACAUCGAUCGACUGGAAUUACAUGACCGCACCUCAGAAGUAUGCUGGGAACAGGAGCGUGAAUUAUUGGGCAGGCAAGGCGUUAGGAGGUAGUACUACGAUCAAUGGAAUGACGUACAUUCGUGCCGAGAAAGAGCAAAUUGAUGGGUGGGAGGAGCUUGGAAACGAGGGUUGGAACUGGGAAAGUCUGCUCGAAUAUUACCUGAAGCAGGAAGGGUUCACCGAGCCAAGUGAGGAACUAUCAAAGGAAGGCGCGACCUUCAGGGACGGGGUACAUGGAACAGAGGGAGAGCUUGCCGUUGGCUUCACGCCAUACUUGGUUCGUCAAGGUUUCGUCAAACUGUUCAGCGAAACGUCCGAGGCGAUGGGAAUACCUUACAACAAGGAGCCGAACAAUGGUAGUAUGCGUGGCUUCGACACGUGGCCUAUGACACAAAAUGUGAGUGGGCCCACGAGAGCGGAUGGAGCCAGGUCCUUCUACUUCCCCGUUGCGUCACGCCCGAAUCUCCAGGUCUUCUUCAAUACCACAGCUGCACGCAUCAUCUGGAAUGAUGAAUCAUUCGCGACUUCGGAAGUGGUGGCCUCGGGAGUUGAGGUGAUCGACGCGGGAAAUGUAACGAAAACUAUCGGUGCCUCCAAGGAGGUCAUUGUCGCAGCCGGCGCUAUUCGAUCACCAGCACUUUUAGAGCACUCAGGUGUAGGUAAUCCCGCCAUACUCGAGCCUCUCGGUAUCAAGACCGUCAAUCCACUCCACUCGGUCGGUUCCAACCUGCCAGAUCAGCCCCAGCAUGGGAUGGUCUUCAACUCGUCCACGAAUUGGACGGGCUAUCCUACCUUCGCUACAUUUCUGACAGCUUCCGACCUCUUUGGGGAAGAGCUUCCCGCCCUUGUGGAAGAACUCAAAACCAAUGUGAGCGCAUAUGCUGCAGCAAUCGUCGCAGACUACGCGCCCGAUACCAUUACCAUCGAGACGCAAGAACGGCUUCUGCAGCACCAAGUAGACCUAGUCUUCACUGCUGACAGCGAUAUUCCCUUGAUAGAGAUCCUCUGGGCCCCGACUGGCCACCAGAUCAUCGCGCAGCUCUGGGAUUUGAUACCGCUUUCUCGAGGCUCAAUACACAUCGAGUCCGCCGAUGCAUCCUUACCGCCUCGUAUCGACCCCAACUUCUUCCAAAUGCCCAUCGACAUGUAUGUGCAAGCAGCAGCAGCAAUCCGUAUCCGCGAGUAUUUCGCCACUUCGCCGCUCGCGGAGGACGCUGUAGGCGAGGUCUCUCCCGGUUACGAAGCAGUACCGCAAGGUGCUCAUUGGAGAGAUCAAGUCUGGGACGACUGGAUCACAGGCGCUAUGAGCGGCAACUCACAUCCUGUGAGUACUUGCGCAAUGAUGAGCAAGGAGCUGGGCGGUGUGGUGGAUACAGAAGGCAAAGUUUACGGGACACAGAACGUCCGGGUCGUCGAUGCCAGCGUGUUCCCGACGCAGAUCAGUGGGCAUCUUAGCGCCAGUGUAUAUGCGAUUGCAGGAAAGAUUGCGGAUGCGAUGAAGCAGAAGAAGUCAGGUUAG